UUCGUGGCCCAGUGGGUAGAGUGAUGAACUUUAAGAUUGGCGUGAGGGAAGCGUGGGUUCGAACCCCACUCGGAACUUACAAAAAACUUCAAAGAGUAUCCACUCCACCACCAUGUGUGCCUAAAAAACACACAGUAUGGUGGUGGAGUUGCCCAGGGGAGAGCUGCCCUCCCCACCCCUUCUCCCUCCCUGGGAACUACAAGGACCACCAAACUGACUCACUCAAGUAGGUUAACAAUAGGCUAGGAUAGGUUAGCAUAGGAUAGGAUAGGACAGAGUCAGUUUGUAAUGGUCCAUGUAGAGAACAGGGUAAGGAGGAGGAAGCACCACCACCAGCAGAGGAAGAAGACCAGCUGCACCAGCAGAUGAAGAAGAAGAAGAAGGACCACCAGCAGCAGAGGAAGAAGGACCACCAACAGCAGCAGCAAAGGAAGAAGAAGGACCACCACCACCAGCAGAGGAAGAAGGACCACUACCACCACCACCAGCAGAGGAAGAAGAAGGACAACCACCACCAGCAGAGGAAGAAGAAGGACCACCAGCAGAGGAAGAAGGACCACUACCACCACCACCACCACCAGCAGAGGAAGAAGGACCACCAGCAGCAGCAGUAGAGGAAGAAGAAGGACCACCACCACCAUCAGGAAGUUUCAGCAGGGGAAGAAGACCAGCAGCAGCAGCAGAGGAAAAGGAAGAAGGACCACCACCACCAGCAGCAGAGGAAGAGGAAGAAGGACCACCACCACCACCACCAGCAGCAGAGGAAGAGGAAGAAGGACCACCACCACCACCACCAGCAGCAGAGGAAGAGGAAGAAGGACCACCACCACCACCACCAGCAGAGGAAGAGGAAGGACCACCACCACCACCACCAUCAGGAAGGUAGGGCAAUAAAAAUAAAAUAAAAUAAUAAUAAUAAUAGAUUAAUAAUAAUAAUUCAAUAGUUUCAGCAGGGGAAGAAGACCACCAGCAGCAGCAGAGGAAGAGGAAGAAGGACCACCACCACCACCACCACCAGCAGCAGCAGCAGCAGCAGCAGAGGAAGAGGAAGGACCACCACCACCACCAGCAGCAAAGGAAGAAGGACCACCACCACCAUCAGGAAGUUUCAGCAGGGGAAGAAAACCACCAGCAGCAGCAGAGGAAGAGAGACCACCACCACCACCAGCAGCAGAGGAAGAAGAAGGACCACCACCACCACCACCAUCAGGAAGUUUCAGCAGGGGAAAAAGACCAGCAGCAGCAGCAGCAGCAGAGGAAGAAGGACCACCACCACCAGCAGCAGAAGGAUUACCAUCACCACCAGCAGCAGCAGAUGAAUAAGAAGGACCACACCAUUACCACCACCACCACCAGCAGAGUAAGAAGGAUCACCAUCACUACCAGAGCAGCAGCAGAGGAAGAAGAAGAAGGACCAACACUACAACCAGCAGCAGAGGAAGAAGGACCACCAGCAGCAGAGGAAGAAGAAGAUGCAUCACCACCAGAAGCAGCAACAGCACCACCGAACUGACCUAGACAACUUCAAGCACCACCAAACUGGCUGACUCAGACAGGUUAAGGAUAGGAUAGGAUAGGAUAGAACAGGUAGGAUUAGGAUAGGAUAUUAUGGUUAGUUAGUUAGAUGGUACAUGUAGUUGUCAGGGUCAGGAGGAAGAAGCACCAGAAGAAGAAGCAUCACCAUCAUCAGAGGAAGAAGAAGCACCACCAGCAAAAAGAAGAAGUAGCACCACGAGCAGCAACAGAAGGACCACCACCAGCAGCAGCAGAAGAAGAAGAAGAAGGACCACCACCACCACCAGCAGCAGCAGCAGCAGCAGAGGAAGAAGAAGAAGGACCAUCACCACCACCACCAGCAGCAGCAGCAGCAGAGGAAGAAGAAGAAGGACCAUCACCACCAGCAGCAGCAGCAGAGAAAGAAGAAGAAGGGCCAUCACCACCACCAGCAGCAGCAGAGGAAGAAGAAGAAGGGACAUCACCACCACCAGCAGCAGCAGCAGCAGAGGAAGAAGAAGGACCACCACCACCAUUACCACCAGCAGCAGCAGAGGAAGAAGAAGAAGGGCCAUCACCACCACCAGCAGCAGCAGCAGCAGAGGAAGAAGAAGGACCACCACCACCACUACCACCAGCAGAGGAAGAAGGACCACCAGCAGCAGCAGCAGCAGAGGAAGAAGAAGAAGGACCAUCACCACCACCAGCAGCAGCAGAGGAAAAAGAAGAAGGACCAUCACCACCACCAGCAGCAGCAGAGGAAGAAGAAGAAGGACCAUCACCACCACCAGCAGCAGCAGAGGAAGAAGAAGGGCCAUCACCACCACCAGCAGCAGCAGCAGCAGAAGAAGAAGAAGGACCACCACCACCACUACCACCAGCAGAGGAAGAAGAAGAAGGACCACCAGCAGCAGCAGCAGCAGAGGAAGAAGAAGAAGGACCACCACCACCAGCAGCAGCAGAGGAAGAAGAAGAAGAAGGACCAUCACCACCACCAGCAGCAGCAGAGGAAGAAGAAGAAGGACCAUCACUACCACCAGCAGCAGCAGAGGAAGAAGAAGAAGGACCACCAGCAGCAGCAGCAGAGCAAGAAGAAGGACCAUCAGCAGCAGCAGCAGCAGAGGAAGAAGAAGGAUCACCAGCAGUAGCAGCAGCAGCAGAGGAAGAAGGAUCACCAGUAGCAGCAGAGGAAGAAGAAGAAAGACCAUCACCACCACCACCAGCAGCAGAGGAAGAAGUAGAUGGACCAUCACCAGCAGCAGCAGCAGCAGCAGCAGAGGAAGAAGAAGGAUCACCACCAGCAGCAGCAGCAGAGGAAGAAGGACUAUCACAACCACCAUCAGAAGCAGCAGAGGAAGAAGAAGAAGGACCACCACCAGCAGCAGCAGAGCAAGAAGAAGGACCACCACCACCAGCAGAGGAAGAAGAAGAUGGAUCACCACCAGCAGCAGCAGAGGAAGAAGAAGGAACAUCACCACCAAAAGCAGCAGCAGAGGAAGAAGUAGAUGGAUCACCAUCACCAACAGUAGCAGAAGGAUCACCAUCACCACCAGCAGCAGCAGAGGAAGAAGAAGGACCACCACCACCACCACCAGCAGUAGCAGAGGAAGAAGAAGAAGCAGCACCAGCAGCAGCAGCAGCAGAGGAAGAAGGAGGAGGACUAUCACCACCAUCAGCAGCAGCAGAGGAAGAAGAAGGACCACCAGCAGCAGAGCAAGAAGGACCACCACCACCAGCAGCAGCAGCAGAGGAAGAAGUAGAUGGAUCACUACCACCACCACCACCACCACCACCACCGGCAGAGGAAGAAGAAGAAGGAUCACCAUCACCACCAGCAGCAGAAGCAUCACCAUCACCACCAGCAUCAGCAGAGGAAGAAGAAGGACCACCACCACCACCACCAUCACCACCACCAGAGAAAGAAGAAGGACCACCAUCACUAACAGCAGCAGAAGGAUCACCACCAGCAGAGGAAAAAGGAUCACCAUCACUACCAGAAGCAGCAGAGGAAGAAGAAGGACCACCAGCAGCAGCAGAGGAGAAAAGACCACCACCACUAGCAGGGGAAGAAGAAGGACCAGCAGCAGCAACAGCAGCAGCAGCAGCAGGAGAAGGACCACAAACAGAAGGAAGAAGCAGCAGCAGCAGCACCACCGAACUGAUCCUGACAACUUCAAGAACCACCAAACUGACUGAUUCAAGCAGGUUAAGGAUUGGAUAGGAUAGGAUAGAAUAGGAUAGUAUAGGAUAUAGUUGUCAGGGUCAGGAGGAGGAGAAAGAACAACCAGUACCACAACCACCAGAAGAAGAAGAAGAAGAAGCAUCACCAUCAUCAGAGGAAGAAGCACCACCACUUGCAAAGAGAAGAAGCAAGAAGAAGCAGCACCACCAGCAGCAGCAGAAGAAGGACCACCACCACCAGCAGCAGAAGAAGAAGUAGGACCAUCACCACCACCAGCAGCAGCAGAGGAAGAAGAAGGACCAUCACCACCACCAGCAGCAGCA